ACCAGCCUAUGCUCCGUCCUAUUGACCGUAUCUGCCGAUGAUACACUAUGGAAAACUAUUUCACCUUGUUUUUCAUAGGAGCUUGGACAGCUUUGUCUGCGUAUUUAUUUUACACUCACUUCUAUCGCUCAUAUAAACUACAUAAAAGCGGCAUCGUUGUAUUUGAUCGCCAACGGGAGAUUCCAAGUUUUGCAUAUCUGUUGUAUAAAUUUACCAAGGAAGCUCUGUGUAAGAGACAGGGCAAGCUUUAUCCAAUCAAGGGUAGUGCCAAAACUGUUACUUUUACCAUUUUUAACUGCAGAAUUGAGUCCAGGCAUUUGAGGCAGUACUGCAGUGCAUUUGGAUAUGGUUGGGACUACCCAGAUUCCCCAUUCAGAGACAUUCCAGUGUGCUAUCCUGAGGUCCUCUUCUCCCGGCUGCUGACCAUGGUUGUGUGUUCUGAAAGAUUCAGGUUAAGCCCCGUGGGCCUUGUAUGUGUAAGCCACACAUUGAGAACAUUCCAGCCAAUUGAUGAGCUGAAGAAAGGUCCAUUCUCACUACAGGCUGGUGUGAUGGAAUACAAGGCUGUGGAGCGUGGGGUGGAGGUGGAAAUUAAGCUCACUGCAGCCGACAGAGUUGACCAAUCUGUGUGGGAAGCCAAUGUGACACUGCUCUCCAGAGACAUGAAGCAAAUAAUGAGCCAGCAGCCUCCUGCCCAAAGGCUUCUGGAGUCAGAGGAGGUGAAGACAGUUGAGAUCUCAGUCCCCUGGUCCACUGGGCUGAGGUGUGCUUGGGCAUCCUGUGACUAUUCUCCACAACAUCUCUUCACUUUCACCGCCAAACUGCUGGGCUACUCAUCUCCCAUCGCUCCUAGUUUGUGGAUGCUAUCUAAAUGCCUGGCUGAAAUUGAAAAACAUAAAGGAGCUGAUGCUGUCAGAGCCCCGGCCUGCAUGUGUGUCUGGUUCUAUCAGCCAUUGUUCAUGCCUGGGAAGGCUGUUGUCAGGUUCUGGGAAACUGCCCCAGAGGCCACCUCCCCUGCUCACAGACACUAUGGCAUUCGAGUUGAGAAGCACAGCGGGGGAACUCCGUGCCUUGUAGGAGAAAUCAGCAGGUUGGAGCAGUAGCUCUCAUCCGAGGGCCUUCAGACCACCUGUACAACGUGGCGAAUCCGUCGCUUCCUCAACACCGACUCAACCGAUCUCUUAGUCCACAUGCUGAUCAUCUCUUGCCUGGACUACUGCACCCUCCUCCUUAAGGUUUCUACCUCUGCCACCAGAGCUCUCCAGGUCAUCAAGAAUGCUGCUGCGUCUCUGAUCUACAAGCUGUACAGAAUCAGACGUGUCUCUCCCUUUCUCAUCUCCCUCCACUGGAUGCUUAUGUCAGCUCACAUCAAAUGUAAUACCUUGGUGCAAAGGAGCAGGGGGGUUUUUCAUGAAGCACAAUUUCACUGUGUCUGGAUAGGAUCUUGGAUAGCUCUGUCCCUCAAAGCAAGCUUGACAAGAUGCCAGUUAUGUCGGUAAGGCAUACACAUUAGGGCUAGCCUGGUUCAGGCUUGACUUAUUUGAGGCCAGCUUUACAAUGACACCGACUCGGAUGGACCACUGGCUCGAAUCGACACAUCAGACCUAUUUAGUUCCUACCUACCUAAGUAGUUCCUUUUUGUGUAAACGAACAUUUAGGCUACAUUUUUUUUUUUUUUUUUUUACUUUUACUUAAAAUGAAUGAAAUCAGUGUCAUAAAAUGCCAUGUUUUAUUUUAGAGGCUAAUGCUCAGCAUUUUGGACCAAUGUUUCAGAUGCCGAUGACCUACAAUGUUUUGAUUGGAGAGGCUGAGAGAGUGGAUUCACUCAUUCAUCCAGGCAAACAUCUCUAUACAGAUUCAGGGAGGGGAAAUCUACAUUGGGAAUUUGCUAGAGGCCAAUGUCAAAGUCCAUGAUUAAUGUAUUACAAAUUGUGUGCAUUGGUUUUCUUUUUUUAGCAAGUGAUACCUUUGUAUACACUCGGGGAUACUGAGAGCCUGUGUGUUAUGUGUGUUACGCUGCGCAUAAAGUGUGCCAUGCCCUGAAAGGUCUUAAAUGUCUUGAUAAUAUUCCCUGGCCACCAAAAGCCUACGUUUUGCAGAACCUGGUAGACAUCCAAGCAGGCCGGUUGUGUAGUGCUUCCAUGUCUGGGAAGUAGAUUUCUUUCCCCAUACAGACAUGCUUUUUUUUGUUUGCUAUCUGGCUAUAUGGUAAUGCAUUUCUAUAGAUGACCUACAUGGCACUGACUGGGCAAUCUUUUUUUGUAAUUCGAUGGGGGGACUGUGUAUAAAAAGGGCUGUAUUUCCUACACGGUUCACUCAAUAUGGAUGUAAAAGUCCUCAAAUUAAAGCUGAUUGUUUUAUUUCAA